AUGGACACACAAAACUCGGCUCCGCCGUCCAUGACCAUUGCCGAGCUGGAAGGCUACAUCGAAGCCAUCACCCUAGUCGUAAACACGUCCGAUUCUAUAAACGAAAGAUCACAUUACCAGGCUGUCCUGCACGAUCUCCACCAGCGAGUACAAGAGGCGCGACAGGUAGAGGCAAUGGCCGGCCCGUCUAGUUACCACAACGGGGCGCAGAGCCCGUCGCCUCGCAGUCUGGACGACCUGCAGCGGUCUGCAGAACAGCAGGACCUUCCUCUACUCAAACGCAAGCAUCGUCUUGAUGCUGAUUGGCGGGCUUCGAAACGUGUAAGGAAACCAUAUAGUCCGAUCGCGCCUGGGGCUCUGAUCAAUACGGAGGCUUAUUAUACGGAGACAUUGCCAACUCGUGUGCUGCCGAGUCCAAACGCACCCGAGGCCUCAAUCAAGACAGAGGCAUAUCACACAGAGACACUGCCGACUCGUACACUACCAAACGCUUUCAUAGAUCUCACUGGACCCAUAUACGAUGAUUCCACCGAGUCAAAUCCAGCCACGCCAGAUCCGUUUCCUGAGCUUGUCAACGCCUACCGAGUACCUAACCAAGGCCAGAAUGAUGGCAGUUCCACAGACCAUCGAGCCGAUGCGUUCAACCAGGAGUGGAUGGGAAUCGAGGACCUAGCUUCGUUCAUGGUGGCACCAACUGAGCCUGGAGGAGGCUACGGGUUCCAGCAGUUGAUACAGCCACAGCCACAGCUUCGGAAUGGUUUCAAUAACCAGGAGGUACCUUAUUUCCCUGGCCUAGAGUGGCCGGCGUGGGCAGCCGGUGCCCACGCCCACGCAGAAGAUUAUGGCGAGGCCCCACUGACUGGUGUCGAAGCGGACGCCAUUGAGAAGCUUUUCGAAAACAUCAAGGACCACGGCGAGACCCCUGGGGACCGGGAGCCUACUCCGGCGAUUAUGGCCUGUACUCUCAAGGAAUAUCAGAAGAUUGGUCUUACCUGGCUACUGAAGAUGGAGCACGGCAAUGCCAAAGGCGGCAUUCUUGCCGAUGAGAUGGGCCUUGGUAAAACGGUGCAAGCGCUCUCACUCAUGUGCGCCAAUCGGUCACAAGACCCUCUGUGUAAAACCACCUUGAUUAUUGCGCCCGUUGCUCUGAUGCGUCAGUGGGAGAAAGAGAUCGAACGCCACGUCCUUCCUCGCCAUCGUUUCACUGUAUAUCUGUAUCAUGGAAGCGGUAAGAACGUCGACUUCAAACGCCUUCGCACCUACGACGUGGUGCUGACGACAUUCGGUACACUUACCUCUGAGUUCAAGCAGAAAGAGGCGCGUAAAGAGUCGAGUUUUGUGGAGAAGGAACUGAAAGAUCCUCGCUUUCAACGCAAGGCCAAGGAUAAACUCGCAUUGUUGGGACGCGAGUGCAUGUGGUAUCGCGUCAUCAUUGACGAAGCUCAUAAUAUCAAGAACCGCAAUGCCAAGUCAUCGAAGGCUGCUGCUGAUCUACAGGCACGUCAUCGCCUAUGUAUGACUGGUACCCCAAUGAUGAACUCUGUUGACGAGCUAUAUCCUCUGCUUCGCUUCUUGAAGGUUCAUCCCUAUAGCGAGUGGAGCAGAUUUAAUGACGAUAUUGGCAAGCCUGUCAAGCAAAUGCACCCAAACGCCCGCAAGAAAGCAAUGAAUCGUAUUCAGAUUCUCCUGCGAUCGGUAAUGCUUCGACGACAAAAGUCUUCAAAGGUCGAUGGUCAAGAAGUGUGCACGAUUCCACCAAAGCACACAGCCACAGCCAACGUCGAAUUCAGUGAUGCCGAGCAUGAGUUGUACAAGGCGCUGGAGACAAAGUCGCAAUUGCAGAUGAACAGGUUCAUAGAGAGGAACGCUGUCACUGCGAACUAUGCGAACGUAUUAUGUCUCUUGUUGAGACUUCGCCAAGCUUGCUGUCACCCUCACUUGAUUAAGGAUCUAAGUCAGCCCGCUACUGAGGGUAUCGACGAGUAUGAUCUUCUCGAACGCGCUCGCAUGCUUGAGAAUCAUGUAGUUGCGAGACUGAAGGCGUUCAGCUCAUUCGAGUGCCCAAUUUGCCUGGAAGCAGAUCCUAAUGCGACUAUCAUAAUACCCUGUGGUCACACUGUAUGUGGCGAAUGUGUUCAGAAACUGGUCGAUCCCACUCGGCAAGAACCGAACGAAGAGGGUGUCCAAGCUGCAAAGUGUCCACAGUGCCGUGGAGAGUUGCACGCCAAGCUUAUCACUGAUUAUAAGCACUUCUGCAAAGUCCACUGCCCUGAAAAGCUGGACGCGUCUGACCUCUAUGACGAUAAUAGCAGUGAGGAUGGAAGUGAUGACUCAGAUUCAGAGGACGAUGAAGAUGAGGAUGUUAAUGAAAAGGGUGACCUUGCUGGCUUUGUCGUUUCCGACGACGACGAAGUUACUGAAGAAGAAGAAGAUGGGGAGGAAUUUGAAUUUUUUAAAGCCGAGGGCUCUGAACUGGAUACUCCUCAGAAAUCCAGGGUCAAGGUUGAAAACAAAAGGCCUCCCAAAAGCCGCAAGGGCAAAGGAAAAGGAAAAGGGAAAGCGCGUGCCACGCCCAAGAAAACGCUUGCCCAACUCAAGAAGGACUCUCUUCGCAGCAAGGCCGCGAAGAAGAAAUAUCUACGCCGUCUAGAAAAGACGUAUAUUCCAUCUGCCAAGAUUGAGAAGACGAUGGCGCUUCUCGCCGAAAUCGCCGAAAAUGAUCCAUCCGAGAAGACGUUGAUAUUCUCCCAGUUCACCUCCUUGUUGGAUCUUGUCGAAGUUCCUUUGUCUCAGAGGAAGAUCCGUUAUCAGCGCUACGACGGUAGCAUGAAGAUGGACGAGCGUGCCGACGCCGUCAACGCCUUCAUGGACGACCCCGACGAAAACGUCAUGCUCGUAUCGCUGAAGGCUGGCAACGCCGGUCUCAAUCUCUGGAAGGCCUCCCAGGUCAUCGUCCUCGACCCCUUCUGGAACCCCUUCAUCGAAGACCAGGCUGUCGAUCGUGCGCAUCGCAUGCCCCAGCCACGCGAGGUGCACGUUCAUCGCGUGCUGGUCCCCGAAACCGUGGAAGAUCGCAUCUGCGUCCUGCAGGACAAGAAGCGAGAAAUCAUUGGCGCGGCCCUGGAUGAGCAGGCUUCCAAGAGUUUGACCCGCCUCGAUGUGCGCGAGUUGCGAUAUCUAUUUGGCAUGUCCUAG